AUGGCUGGGAAGAAAUGGUUGUCACUAUCAAACAUCCGUCACUUUCAUAAGCACCCAAGGCCAGAUGAUUAUCGCGUUGACCCCGUUGCACCAUCUAGGAAGACGGACUUGACUCAACUGUCUACAACAGAGCAUGAUUCAACAACAUCCUCCGCCCAUGAUCAUGACCGGGUGCAUCCAAUUCCAAAUAAAUCGGCCACCUCAAUUAAGCCGAACUUACUCUGGGAUAGAGCUUAUGACAGCUUCAGAGAAGACCAGCCUGCGCUGGUGGAAGCUUAUGAAAAGGUGCUGUCUUGUGAACUUGCUGCGACAUGUACCACUUUCCCAGUAUCCAACAUUGAGCAAAACAUGAUUGAGCGGAAAGAUACAGAGAUGCGACGAUCUCAGAUGGGACAGCUUGUUGACAAGGGUCUGGCAAGGAUUGAGCAUGAGGCCAAUGCCAAACAGGGUGUUGGACAUGUAGUAGAUGUGGCCCUUGCUGCAAAUAAUAUGAUAAGCACUGCACUCAAGGAAGUUGGAUAA